CAUCCAAACUGGUUUCACUGAGGCAUACAGAAUACAAACAGCUUGUAAUUUACUGGCUGGGCAAAUUAUUUGGGUCUGCUCAUCUUUUAUGUUUCACAGACUGCUCUCUCUGUUGGCAAGAACUGCCUUAUGUCAUUACAAUGCUGUUAUUAACGUAGCAAUACAGUAAUAUCUGGUGCUGUGCAACCGGUAAAUUGUUCCAAACAAAUAACAGGGUCAUUCAUUUUACUGCUCACAAAACCUAGUGCUUCAUUUCAGGAGACAUCAUGGCCUCCCUGCUGACUGGACUCUGGCAGCUAGUUAUUUCUGUGGUUGUCCUGUCUCAGCUCUCAGCAACGCUUCCUGCUCUGGAAAGGGCUCGGAGACAUGCCGACGGGGUAUUUAACAGUGAACUCAGCAAGAUGAAUGAAAAUGCCUAUGUGCAGAAGUUAGUCAAAUCUCUCGUGGGCCUCAAUCAAAGGUACCAGAGGCACUCUGAUGGCAUGUUCACCAGCGAACUCAGCAAGAUGAGAGGAAACGCUCAGGUUCAGAAACUAAUCAAGUCUCUGGUGGGCUACAAGCGCAGUAGUGUUCCCGAAUCAUCUGGCCUGGAGGGGCAGGUGGAAGACUCUGGCUUUAUUGAUCAUGCUGAAAAUGACUUGGGCUCGAAAGAGAAGCUCACUAAACUAAAGACUUUCCUGCACCACGUACAGAAUCUCAGAGGAAGUGAUGAGGUGGACGGCUCUGAAGGAUUAAUCCAUACAGAUAUACCAAGGACACGUGAAACCGGCAGCUCUUACGAUGACUUUUGCUUCAUGUGGUUAUACCAGAGCUUUCUGAAUGAUAGCCUGUCAGAGAGUGAUGCAAGAGAAGCCACUCAGAUGACCGGCCAAUACAUUUGCCCAGCCUCCAAACCACUGAUUGAAGAGAUGAAGGAAGAAGUGUCUGUUCUGGACUAGAAGUGAAGGGGACAACAGCAGCCAAACCUCUCCAUAAAAUAUAGCAUGGGGGGGUGGGUUCCGUGUGCGGCCUACAAAUAAAUAAGGAAGCUAUUGAAUCUAGUUCAAGGGUAAAUGAUGGGAUCAGAAACUGCCAAAAUAACAGUAAAGCAUGUAAUCAAGGGCACUGUGUGUAUUGGUGUAAAAUAGAGGGUGGGGUUAGUAGAUGGUGCAUGAAUGAUGGAAGCAGCUUACACAAUACUUUGUUCCAAGCCGGAUUCUAAACUUUAAUAAAGGUUC